CGCAGUCUGUUCGUUUCAGAGCGAUUGUUCUUCUCGAAAUCGGCAACCAACGGAAGCGAACGAAUUGCCUCUGUCGCUAGUCUGUGCCAUAGCAAUUUUUCCACCGAUCGAUCGACCAAKCGACAGCAAUCCGAAGCGAGCAACGAACGCAAAAAAAAAGGCGGAACCACGGCCUCGCCGCCAGAGAAAAGCAAGACAAAGCAAAGCAAAGCAAGACAAACCAAAAAAGCGCAAAACCAAUCGCGAUGCCGGCCACGUCCGACGAGGAAAUCCAGCGGCAGCACCAGGAAGCCCUGGUGCUGGUCGAGGGCGAUGCCGCAACGGACCAAAAACCGAUGCCCUGCGCUCCACGAAACGAACUGGGAGAGAUUUCGCUGGAAGACAAGACGAGGCCCACCUAUCCGUUUGCCUUUUACGAUACGUCCAAGYCGGGUGGAAACAGAGACACGGAAGAAGCAGAGACCGARCCAGAAACCUCGUCGUCCGAUUCGGACGCGUCCUCCUCGUCGUCCUCGGAUUCUUCGCCUCCCAUGCUGCAGGAGCCCCUGCUCCGCAACCCGACCUGCUGGUCGACGCGGGGAUUUGUCGACGUUUCGAAACUCCAGGAAAUGGUCCGGGAGGGCUUCGAUUGCGACUACCGCACCGAGGAAACAAUGCCGGACUUGUCGCCCACCAACUACUGGGACCCCCGCAACGCCGACAAGUUCAACGUCAYCCUCACGCGGCCCUCACACGACGCCUGGGGAAUCGGCAAGAUCGUCCUCGUCUUCUCCGACGACUUUCUCACGAGGGUCUACCGAUUUCCCUGGUGGAAGGACUUUGAAAAAGCCCUGGAACCGAUCAUCGGCGCCAUUUUUCCGCAGGCCGGCAACCAAAAGGGGGUCCUCGUCCGUGCCCUCCUGGCGAGUCUCCCACCGGGCUCGACGAUCCCCGUCCACCACGACAGCGGGGAGUGGGUCAAGCAAACCCACCGGGUCCACGUUCCGAUCCUGGUCGAGGAUCCGUCAAGGGUGGUCUUUCGCUGCGGGCCGUCCACCGAGCUCCUGSAGCGGAUCAGCUGCGAACCGGGGCACGUCUUUGAGAUCAACAACCAGGCCAAGCACGCCGUCAGCAACUGCGAUCGAGUGCACCGGGUCCACCUGAUCCUGGAUUACGUGGUGCAGGAUACCACCGCCGGUAACGGUGCCAAUGCCAAUGCCAGUGCCAAUGCCAAUGCCAGUGUCAAACAACAACAAAAAUCUACGCUGGAACCGAUCCAGCUGGAUCCCGGCGAAAAGCUGGUCCAAACGAGGCGAUCCGUGGACCGCGUCAAGAACAUGACCCCCCGGCCCACCCCGUCCUUCAUUGUUCUGGGGGCGCAAAAAGCUGGCACCACCAGUCUGUACCACUACAUCAACGAGCACCCGUGGGUUUUCAAGGCCCGGCGGCGGGAAACCCACUGCCUCGACUGGAGGUGGGACGGAGCGCUCAAGACCAAGGCCGGCCAGCGCAAACACUGCCAAAARUUCUUUUUCACGGAGGAAAUGAAACUGCGGCCCUCGUGCAUGACGGGCGAUUCGACCCCUAGCUACCUUUUGGACAGCCGGAGGGUCAUUCCCCGUCUCAAGCGGGUCUUCGAAUGGAGCCACACCGCCCCCGACAAGAGCAAUCGCAACAGCAAGAUGAGAUUCUUUGUCAUGAUGCGGGAUCCCGUCCAGAGGGCGGCAUCGCACCAUGCCAUGGUGACCUCCCCGGAUGGAACUCCCGCACAGCUCAAAACGAGGGGAACGGAAUGGAGGGGCAAGACYCUSUGGGAGGUCGUGAAGWUGGAACUGGCCAAGAUGGACGGCUGCGGGCUGAUUCCCUACUGGAACAUCGAGGAAGGGACCCUCGACAAAGAGUCCUUUGCUCGCUUUGCCGGCAGCCCCGGGGAAGCCGAAGCAUGGAACCGGUACCUGCAGCAACACGUCCCGCUCUACACGGGCUCGUACGGACUGCUGACGAGGGGGAUGUACGCGUUGCAGCUACGGCCCUGGCUGCAGUCCUUUGACCGGGACCAGUUCUUGUGCCUGAAGCUGGAAUCCAUGAAGGCCGCGAACGGGGUCCAGGACACGAUGCAGAGGGUCUGGGCGCACCUGGACCURCCCAACCACCCCAUCCAGGACGAGUCGGCCAAGAACAGCCGUKCCUACGACGCCACGGACCCGGGCGUACGAGACUACCUGCGCCGGUUCUUUGAGCCCCACAACAAGAUCCUGGCUUCCGUCCUGGGCGAGACGAGCACGGAGGAAUGGAGGGACCCGUGGCCUUAUCCGUGAUGGAAACCUGCGCGUGGCAGCUAAAACAAUAGUAGUCGGCUGUGAACAAAGAACAGUUAAUUUU